AUGGACAGAUAUGAGGGGCCGUUCAACUUCAUCUCCCUCCGUGCUCAGCUCCCUCUCAACGCCUCGAUUGACAUCAAUGCUACGGUGAAAGCUUUCAGUGUCUUUGAUGGGUGUGAGCAAUACGUAGAGGCCAUCUUGUUUGACCUCAUCCUUCAGAUCGUCAAUGUUGUAAUCGGAAUCCCAGCAAACCUGCUCGUCAUUGCCAUACUCAUUCAUAAUCGUAAACAGCCCUCCACUUCAGAUAUAUUUCUGGGCUGCUUAGCUUUUAUGGAUGCUUACUUUGGUACCAUUGCCCCCCUGGCCUUUUGCAACCUUUACAUCUGGCACAGCAAAGAGGUUUGGUCAGCCAUUAAGUUUGGCUAUGGCAUAAAAGAUACCAGCGGCCCGUUGUUUCUCUCUUGUAUCUGUCUGGAUCGCUUUGUGGCCGUGCUCUUUCCUAUCACUUUUGGACAGCUGAAACAUGUCAAGUACAGGUUAGGCCUCACAGCGGUGGUGCUCAGCCUCACUUUCGCCUACUCAGCAGCCAAAAUGGUGGGAGGCCUCCCAAACUUUGAGAAGGUGUUCACCGGAGAGAUCUUGGCAACGUUCACGUGGAUGCUUGUGUGCAACAGCAGCAUCCUGUGGGCCCUCAAGAAGUCUCGGGGCGCAGGGAAAGACGAAAUGCACCCUAUGAAGAAGAAGGCUUUCAAGGUGGUGCUGUCAAUCCUUUGUAUUAUCGUGUUUAACUACCUGCCACCUGUUGCAAUAUUCCCAUUUGAAGACUUUUACAGUCCUGAUGUGUUUCGCUGCUACGUGCAGCCUGCAGGUUUCGCCUUCUUGAAUGUAGGUAGCACCAUCCAGCCACUUGUCUACUUGUCUCGUCUGGAGAAAGUGCCUUUCCUCCCGGAGGCUUGCAUUAAGAAGUGUUCCUCCUGUGUCACUAGAGAGAACAAGAAAUCUGCACCUUCACAACAGCCAUCCACUUAG